GCGGAAGUACAACUAGCAAAGUCCGUGGUCCUCGGUCCGCCCAAAGAUGACGUUUAACGAACCCACGACAAAACAAUUUGACAGACAGCUUAUGAGUUGAAUAAGCAGAGAACGAAUCGGUGUGGUGGUGGUACUUUCAACGCGUCCGAAGCUGUGCAGAGUUUUAAUGUUGCUCUUGGACUUGUUUUGUUUGCUGAUUGUGCUUCGUGUUUUUAAUACCAGUUUGGCUCAUGGCGGCGAUGGAAUGUCGCGUUUUGUCCAUCCAGAGUCAUGUUGUCCGGGGAUAUGUUGGAAAUAAGUCUGCAACAUUCCCUCUGCAGGUUCUGGGCUUUGAAGUGGACUCCAUCAACUCUGUGCAGUUCUCCAAUCACACAGGCUACGCCCACUGGAAGGGUCAAGUCCUAAAAGCUGAUGAGCUCAAUGUGCUGUAUGAGGGCAUCAAGCUCAAUAAGGUCAACCACUAUGACUAUAUCCUCACAGGGUACAGCAGGGACACGUCCUUCCUGAUGACCGUGGUUGAAAUUGUUCAAGAGCUUAAGAAAGCCAAUCCUAGUUUGGUAUAUGUUUGUGACCCUGUAAUGGGAGACCAUGGUGCAAUGUACGUCCCCGAGGAACUUCUCCCAGUCUACCGGAACAAAGUAGUGCCUUUGGCUGACAUCCUUACCCCUAACCAUUUUGAAGCAGAGUUAUUAACUGGGAUUAAAAUCCAUACAAUAGAAGAUGCUCUUAAGGCGAUGGAGCUGCUUCACAAAAUGGGUCCAAAAACAGUGGUGCUCACUAGUACUGACUUGCCUUCAAAUCAAGGAGCCCUCCACCUGGUGGCCCUCGGGAGCCAGAAAAUCGUAAAACCAGAUGGGACGGUUAGCAUUCAGAAGAUCUGCAUGGAUAUCCCCAAAGUUGAUGCUGUGUUUGUGGGGACGGGGGAUCUGUUUGCUGCCCUGUUGCUUGCCUGGACUCACCAUCACCCUGAAGAUCUCAAGACUGCCUGUGAAAAGACUGUUUCAGUCAUGCACCAUGUAAUUAAGCGGACUAUUAAUUAUGCUAAUGAAAAAGCCGGCCCAGGGAAGAGGCCCAGCCCUGCGCAGCUGGAGCUGAGAAUGGUUCAGAGCAAAGGCGACAUUGAGAAACCGGUCAUCGUUGUGGAAGCGAACAUUUUAAAAACCUCUUAAUAUCGAAGAAUCUUGAAGAUGAUCAGUUGUGAAGGAUCAUAACUCAUGUUCUAGAUGGAGAUACUCCGGAAUCACUGCCAUACUUGUCUCUCCUAUGGCUUUUGUAAAUAUCAUCUUCCUUUGCAUAGAUUGAGAAAAAACCCAGAGAUAUUAGCCAAUAGGGCUUAUUUUUAGACUCCGUUUACUUAACUACUAAAUGUACUUUAUUACUCCUUUUAGAUAUACUCUAACUCAUAAACAGAUGCACGCUUGCACGUGCCUCUGCUGUCAGAACUUGAUUCAUCACUGAAGGUGUGUUGUUCACUCUACAUUUAACCUUAAAAACUUGAAAAAAUAAGUUCAAAGAAAUCCAGUAUUAUGCCUAAGAAGGUGUCACUUCAUGCUGAAAUAUUUAAUGGUUACAUCGUGAAUGUUUUAGCUUUUGGAGUCAUCUUUAUAACAGAAUAUAUAAUAAAAUCAUAAAGGUACGUAGGAAAAAUGUGACAGGUAUGUUCAUGGUCCGUAUACUUUUUUGGUACAUUUUAUUUCAUAGCUUUUUGUUUUACAAUUGCUGCUAAUCUUGAUUGUUUGAUGUCCUAAAAUCCAUCCCUUUCAAUCCAUACUUUUAACCUUUAAUCGUGAUGUUUCCCUGAAUUAGUACUCUAUUAGAUCCUCGUCUUAAAACUUCUCCAAUUGAAGGAUUUGCACAGGUGAUUUUUAAGAUAGAAUAUUUACUGUACUGUUGAUUGCCAUUUUGUUAUUACCAUAUCUAUACACGAUGAAUCAAUAGCCUUAAAGCAGUUAGGAAGCUAAACAGGUUUUGAAUGUUUAGUGUAUGUGUACAACUGUAUAAGUUGCGCCUCACAAAUAAUAUUUCAAGGCCAAAACAUUGAGCUGCUGCUCUGACAUAAAGUAAAUUGAAAGAUAGAUGUAAUAAAAACAAUUUAAUGACUUUA